CCAUGAUUUCCACGAAUGGAUCGCCUUUGGGACGGGCGGAACCCCACCCACCUGGUUGUAAGUUUGACUGCCUCAGACGCGUCCUGUGUACUUGAUUAUAGCGACCAACGAGCAACAGAGGCUAUAUCCGCAUGACCAAACUUCGCCUCAAACACUUCUUCUCAACCAACAACCUCCUCGACGCAUCGUCUCUCCAACAAACCGGCCCUUCCUACCUUCCAUCUGCUCCCCUCCCUCAGCGCCGGAAUCCCCGCCCACACAUCAUCCCGCGUAUCCUUCCCCAACGCCAAUACCCUGAGCCCAUUUCCCCGGCCACGCGAUCCCGUCUCCACUCCCUCAUUCCCGAUCUAGCCUCAGCGCAUCCGGGCCUCUUUGAGCUCAAGCCCAGUCAUACAGAAGGCAAGACGGCGGAUGGCUUGUAUGCGCGCGAGGAUCUGAAAACGCCGAAUUCGGUGGUCAAGGAGACGGUGGGCCUGGCCCGGGAGAUCGCGCAUGUGCAUCCCGCGGAGAAUAGCUUGCAUGUCUGGUUGAGUGAGCGGGAUGCCAAGAAUGUAAUUGAGGGAGGUUGGGGGAUGAGGUUUCCCCCGGUGGGGGGAGUGCCGCCGGGAUGGAUAUUUGUUUAUGCUCCAAGGGAUGACGGGGAGAUGGAUGUGGUGGAGAGCAUUGUAAAGGCGGCGGUGGGGUGGGUUACGGGGGUUAGAGUGUAGCUCGGAUUGGUAAGUUAGGCCCUGCUAGUGAGUUGGCUAAAUGGAUAAUUUAGACGGAAUCAUCAGUUGAUUAUGGAUUGGUACGAGGAGGACAGUCCGAUGGUUGGAGUGGCUCCUGACCCCUACCUAGAUAGCACGCUGUCCUCCAGUGCUGUAUAAGAUG